UAUCCAUGGCUUAGAAUUUUAUUAUUUUUUAAUAAAGUAUAUGCAUUUUAACGAACUCAUUAUAAUAAUUGUACACUAAUUAAAAAUAUUAAAAUUAAUUAAGUAAUAAAAUUUAAUAUUAAUUUAUGAAGACAUCGAUAUUUUCAAUCCUAAUGCAUUUCAAAUACAAGCUGUCAACGUAGCUAAAGCAUGUGAUGAUUCGGAAUUUAGAUAUUUGAAAUACAACCUCCCAAACGGUCCCCUGUAUGAUCCAAAGGGAUUUAUCAAAUUAUCUCUCAUGCCACGUGUCAAGUUAUUUCAAAAGCAAAAAAAACAAAAAAACAGGAUCGCACGGCAAUUUCUGAAUUCAUCCGCGCUUCAUGCUUUCCCGCCAUCGCUUCUCCGUUCAACCAUGCUUCAUUCUGCGCCAGCAAAACCGGGCCCACACCGGCCCGCCUCUCCAAACCAACGCUCUCGAUUCCUUCGAUCUCCUCCUCCGUCAAUCGUCCACCGUCCAUCAAUCCAAACAGCUCCACGCCCAGAUCAUCAUUGCCGGUCUCCACCACUGGAGCUUCCUAUCAGCAAGACUCAUCUCCAUCUACAGCAGUUUCAAUCUCCUCUCGGAUGCCCGCUUGAUCUUCUCCGCUUCCGUUCUGACCGACCGAAACCCUAACCUGCUCUUAUGGAAUUCCAUCUUGAGAGCCAAUCUAUCUCAGGGGCACUCUUCAGAAGCCUUCAAUCUCUACUUGCAAAUGCGGGAGCUCCGCGUGAGCCCCGAUGGGUUCUCUUUUCCUUUGAUCAUAAGAGCUUGCGCUUCGAUCAGGAACCCCAAAUUGUGCAGGGCCGUUCAUCAUCAUGUUAUCCUGAUGGGUUUUCAGUUUCAUCUUCACGUGGGUAACGAAUUGAUCGGAAUGUAUGGGAAAAUCGGACAGAAGGGCUGCGCACUCCAGGUGUUUGAUAGAAUGCCUCAUAGAAGUGUUGUUUCUUGGAACACUUUGAUUUCUUGCUACGCGAUGAAUUAUGACUGUGAUGGCGCCUUUGGGAUGUUUGAGAGGAUGGCAUUGGAGAGGGUGGAACCAAAUCCUGUGACGUGGACGUCGGUACUGUCAGCCCAUGCUCGAUGUGGGCGGUGGGAAGAAGUUGUGGGUCUUUAUGGGGAGAUGAGAACGAGAGGAAAUGGGGCUACCGCCAAAGCGGUUGCUGUUGUUUUGUCUGUUUGUGCUGAUUUGGAUGCACUGGAGAAAGGCAAGGAGAUUCAUGGGUAUGUUAUUAGAAUUGGUUUUGAGGAUUAUGUUUUUGUGAAGAACUCGCUUAUAUGUAUGUAUGGGAAACAUGGGCAGGGAGAGGAUGCGAGGGUGUUGUUUUCAGAAAUGAAAAUGAAGAGUUUAGUGAGUUGGAAUGCUUUGAUAUCUUCCUAUGCUGCAGGUGGCUUAUGCGAUGAGGCUUUUGAGGUUUUCUCACAGUUGGAGAAGACAGGGGAAGAUUCCAAUGUUAGACCGAAUGUUGUAAGCUGGAGUGCAGUCAUUGGUGGGUUUGCCUGGAGGGGGAGAGUGGAUGAAUCUCUGGAGCUCUUUUGUCAAAUGCAAUGUGUUGGAAUUGAACCCAAUUCGGUCACAAUCGCUGGUGUUCUAUCAGUGUGUGCAGAAUUAGCGGCGUUGGGUCUUGGCCAGGAGAUACAUUGCCAUGUGAUCAGAGGUCAAAUGGAUGCAAAUAUACUAGUAGAAAACGGAUUGCUCCAUAUGUAUGCCAAAUGCGGAAGCCUCAGAGAUGGGAAGUUAUUAUUUGAAAGGAUGGAGGAAAGAGAUUUGAUUUCAUGGAACUCAAUGAUCACCGGUUAUGGGAUGCAUGGAUUUGGCAAGGAUGCCCUCAGGGCUUUUGAUGAGAUGGUUGAAGCUGGUAUCAAGCCUGAUGGAAUCACCUUUGUUGCUCUUCUGUCCGCAUGUAGCCAUGCUGGGUUAGUUGCUGAGGGCCGCUGGCUGUUUGAUCAGAUGACCAAUGAGCUUAUGCUUGUGCCCCAGAUGGAGCAUUAUGCUUGCAUGGUAGAUCUUCUUGGACGUGCUGGAUUACUGCAAGAGGCAAGUGAGUUUGUGAAGACAAUGCCAAUGAAACCCAAUGCAUGUGUCUGGGGGGCUCUUUUGAACUCAUGCAGAAUAUACAAAAAUACUACCGUGGCAGAAGAGGCUGCUUUGAGGAUUCACGGCAUUGAAUCAGAGACGGCCGGCAGCUACAUGCUGCUCUCGAAUAUUUAUGCUGCAUGCGGGAGGUGGGAGGACUCAGCUAGGGUGAGAGUGUUAACAAAGACAAGAGGUUUAAAGAAAAACCCGGGACAGAGUUGGAUUGAGGUGAAGAAGAAGGUUUUUAUGUUCUCGGCAGGGAAUGCUUCACAACCAGGUCUGGAGGGAGUUCACGGCAUUCUUGAGGAUUUGGGUUUGAGAAUGGAGGCUGAGGGGUACAUACCCGAUAACAGCUUUGUGCUGCAAAAUGUGGGUGAAGAGGAGAAGAAGCAGAUCUUAUAUGGGCAUAGCGAGAAGCUAGCAAUUGCUUUUGGACAUGCUAAUGUUCCUCCCAAUAUGCCCAUUAGAGUCAUGAAGAAUCUUCGUGUUUGUGGUGAUUGCCAUAACUGGACCAAGUUCUUUUCCAAGAUGACAGGCCGGAAUGUGAUUGUCAGAGAUGGACAUCGUUUCCAUCAUUUCAUGGAUGGGUCAUGUUCUUGCAAAGACUACUGGUGAAGCUUCCAAUUCUGACAUGCUUUGAUCAAGAGACCUUGAAAUGCAAAAUGACCGAUUAAGCUAAUGAUGGUUGACAGUUAUGGAACAAGCUGAUCAGCAAUGAGCUUAUGAUUCAAGACGGAGUAACACCUGCCUCAUUCCCACUAGUGUUGAUGAUGAUUGAUGACCGACAAUCAACCUUGUGUUUGCAGUAAGAAGGGAGAAACAACUAAAGAGCCUUUGUUCUAAUGCCAUCUCUGCAAUUUGGUCAUUGCAGUGUAUACAUCUUUGUGCUUGGCAGGUAUUUGCGCACAGGAGUCGAUACAGGCACAUCAGCUUAUGCAGCAGAAAAGAUGGAAACCAAGACGAGCAAAUCGAAAACGUAAAUAUUUGUUUCCAUAGAGAAAAAUUGAUAGGUUCAUGACUAGAUGAUGACACCUUCAGAAAAACACCCGUUUUCAUUCUUCGGAGAAGAUCCACAUGCUGGAGGAUGCUCUAACUGAGAAUAUGAAGAAGUAAUUAACAUUCAAUUCAAUCCGUGAGUUCUAAAUGCCAAGAUUUCCAUUCCAAUCUUCCCUCACCCUCUUGAUGGGAGAGGAUUAUAUUUGAUAAAGGACUGAGUCAUACUCAUACAAUUGGAAAUGCAUGAUGAAGGGGUUCUAGACUUCUCUUGAUGGUAGCAUAGUUCUAAAAGUCAGUGGGUUGGCUUCAUACUCAGGCGAGUCAACUUGACUCGACGAGAUUUCAUGGAAACGGGUGUGACUCGGUCGAGACUGGACAAGACUCGUCGACUUGACUCCCGAACUCAGUCGACCCUAUGCUGUUGACUUGGCAUGACUCAACCGAGUCACUCACACAGUCAAUUUUUUGACCCUUUUGAUAAAAAGGUUACCCCUACAGAGGAAAUCAAACAGGCGACCUCAAGUAAAACAGCAGUGGCUACUACCAGCAGGCUACAAGGUGUUGUUGUGUUUAAUCUUUUUAAAAAAAAAAAAAAAUUGUUUAUAACUAUUUACUACAAUUUAAAUCUGAAAGCCAUACUAUAAAUUUAAUUAUUUACGACUUGGUCGAGUCUUCAUGUUGACCUGA